CUGGGCACCGACGCUGGCUCAGCUAUCACUGAACAUAGAAAAUGCAGAGGUUGGAAAUCAAAGCUGGAACAUGCUGGAAAGACUCAGCGGGACAGGUGCUGGCCGUGUGGAGUUUGCACCUUCUCCCUGUGCCGGCUUUGGUUUUCUCCGAGUGCUCAUGUUUCCUCCCCCAUCCCAGUUGGUGAGUGAAUCGGCUGCUUUAAAAACAAUCCAGCAUUCAGAUUCAUGUUUCCGCCAUUCAGAUUCCAGCUGCAAGGGUUAUCAUGCAAGAGGCUUCCUUCACCCCUGUACAAGUGCUGCCGAUGCCGGGCAGUGUACUGGAGAUGGUACAAGAAGCGACCCCUAUCACCCAGAACAUCUCCGGAGAGCAGCGUCACACCUGCGCCGAGGACAUAUAAAUGCGGCGGUGCCAGCGGAACGCGGACCAUUGCCCCGCCGAGCGUCUCCGGAGGAGAUGAGGAACGCGCUGUUCAUGGCUUUUGGGAUAUCGAUGAUCUGCGCGCAAAUCCAAAGGAAAACCGAUAUGGAUUUCGCCUCAGACCUGAAGUAUACCUGCAGUUGGAACCGCGGAGCCUGCCGUGAAUAUCAAUGCAAGCAACACGAGUUCGCCACGCCAGACUCCUGCCCCCAGGGCAUCUUGUGCUGCAGGCGGCGGCAGUGGAAGAACGCGGCAGCCGGUCCCAGCCGGCCUCGCCAUAAGCUAAACGUCGGCUGAACCGGUCGUACCCCACGCUCGCAAUAAAGCCCGUGCAUUG